UUGGCGGCUUACAACACUACUUUUUGAAAAAAAAAAACUAAGCAAACACCGCGUUUGUUUACUGCCUCUGUCUUUGAAAUGAACGCGCGUGCGCUCAAGUCGCGAAUAAUCGGGCGUCAGGACGAAGGACGAGACAUAGAGAAAUGCUGAGCAGCUUUGGAGCCGCGGUAUUGUGUCAGUGCUCAGCGGAAUCUGGUGGCAUUUCAACGUGUCCGGUUGCAGAAUUCCGUUCUAUGGAAAACACAUUUGUUUUCUGAUUCUGUUGCAAAUCGCUCGCGUGUGUGUCAGUUAACUGUCCGCGUGUUUGUAGCACGCUACGCUACAUGAACAGAAAAAAGAGUAAAACAAGCAAAUACGAUUAAAAAGCAAUUUGCAAAGCGGCAAAUAAAAUGCAAAGUAAAUAAAUGGGCCGUAACUCAAUUUGGCCUGCAAUUUUAACAGUUUAUCGAAUGGCGAAAGUACGCAUCCAAUAAAAAACACAAUUGCGAAAAACAGAACAAACAUUUAAAAACAAAUACUACUCAACGAGGGAAACGAGGAGGGAAAACAAGAUGAAAACGCGCCUCGUCUCGCUGACUUAUCGCGGGAGUGCAUCCGUCGACCCGCGAUACUCCGCCUCCAUGCUGCCGUGGACCAUCAAUGACAUACGGUCCACCGAGAGCUAUACGAAGUUAUCUGUGGGCAUUGAGCAUGGCAUCCUGGAGUCAUACAACUCGGACUUUGAGCUGCAGUUCAGCCAUCCCUUGAAGCAUAUCGUCGGCAUGUGCCGUAUCAUCCACAAACCGCAGGCCAAGACCAUCGGCAAUGGCUUCCUGCAGUUGAAAUCGAGUGGCCAGGCUUCCACCUCCUCAAUAGUCGUUUCCUCGACAUCCAGCAGCAGUGGCAGCAGCAGCUCACUGACCGGAAACGGACUGCGCCACACACUGACCGCAUCCACAUCCUACGGCUCCCUCUCAUCCAGUGCGGCGUCCGCUUAUCACCAGCAGCAGCAGGCGGCGGCCACCGCAGCGGCAGAAGCCUCGGCGGAGCAGUCACAGAACUGCAUGGAAUUUCAGGGCCCCAUCACAGGACUCGUCUACUUGCUGAAGGACCCCAAGGAUCCGUUGCUGCACAUUUAUCUAUUCGAGUGCGAGGCCGUCGAGGAGAUGGCCGAGCUGAUGCAUCAGAUGCGAGAUCCAGCCCACACACUCGGCGGCUCCGUGGGCAGCAUCCCGCAGACCUUGAUCGGCGGUGGCGGGCAUAGCUCCUCCUCGAACGGAGCACUAAAUGGCAUUCAUGCCACGCCCGCCACCAAUCUGAAGAUGAGCGAGGCCAUGAGGAGUGCCCAGCACGAUACCAGUCCCAAUCCCGUGAGUUCCAAGAUGAAGGCCUCCAAGUCCUACACCCACGGACUGAGCAACUCCUCGGGCACGGUUAACAUACCCACAUCCACCUCGGCCCAGAGCAAUCUCUCCCUCCUGGCGGAUAUCUCGCCGAACCACACGCACUUCUUCGAGGUGAUGUAUGUGGGCAAGAUCCGGGUCUCCCAGAAGCGGGUGCCCAACACCUUCAUCGACGAUGCGCUGCCCAAGUUCAAGGCGUACGACGCCCAGCGGCUGCGUCUUCUCCAGAACCGCAAAAUGUCGCUGAGCAGCGAGGGAGGAGUGGGCAUCGAGGCGAAGCCAUCGGCAGGAAGUACUCUGAAGAGCCAGGACCUCAAGGAGGAGGACGAAGAGGACCAGGAGCAACAGAGUCAGGAUACCCAAAGCCAGGCCAAACCCCAAGUCCAGCUGCAGUUGACCGGCGCCGAAGAGGGGGCUGCUCCGCGUCCUCUGGAGGAGAAUAACAAGGAAAAUCGGUCGCCGGAAAAGCGUCACCUACUGCGGGGUCAGAGCCAGAUCGAGUUGGGUCACAAGGAGAACUUUGACGGCUCUGAGCCAUCGUCAUCUGAAAGCCAACAGGAGGCGUCCAAUGUUAUUGUUAACAAACAGCCCACGCCGCCCAGGGAUCAGGGCGUGGCCUCUGAGAGCUGUGUGAAUGGGAGUGGGAGUGGCACUUCCGCCGCCGCCUCCUCAUCCGCUGGCCCCAGUCAGUUGCAUCCCAAUUAUGCGCUGGAAAAUAUACCCAAGCAGCGGGACCGCUCCGCCUCGCAGGGCUGCAUUCCGCCGUAUGUGGAGCAGAACCGGACGAUGGUGUUCCUGGUGGGUCGCUGUGAUCUCCGCCUGAUCUCGCCGGACCGCAAGCAGGUGUUGCUCUACAAGGACUUCAAGGACGUAGCCAGCUGUGUGCACGGCCAGAAGUCGCUGGAUCACUUCGGAAUCAUCUGCCGGGAGCUGAACAAUGACGGCUACAUCGGCUAUGUGUUCAAGUGCCAGUCGGAGCACGUGUGCGACGACAUUGUGGCCGCCAUCGCUCAGGCCUUUGACACGUGCGCGGAACAGAAGAAGAAACAGGAGACCCAGAUCUUCAGCUGCGAACAUUGCCCGAUGCUCUGGUACCACAAACUCUGCACGGACGUCGAGGGACUUUCUGAGAAGAAGACCCAGGCCCUGAUACUGCGCCGCAUCGAGACAUUAAGCGACGAUGAGCAGGAGAUCGUAUGGGCCAAGUUCUGCGGCUCCGAGAAGACCAACUCCCCGGUGGCCGAGCAGAACCAGUUCCUCAUGAUGCUACUGCGGGCACACUGCGAGUCCCGGCAGCAGCGCCACGUCCAUGACACUGCCGAGAACCGAUCCGAGUUCCUCAACCAGUACCUCGGCGGCAGCACCAUCUUCAUGAAAGCCAAGCGAUCGCUCACCAACUCCUUCGACAACCUCUUGAAGCGGAAGCCAUCCAAGGACGAUAUUGCUGUGCCGCCGCACAAUUUGCGCGAGAUACGGGAGGGUUCGGCCGAGCCCCUGGGCGCGGAGACUCCACCAGAGGGAUUCCGAUCCAGAUCAAACACCGUGGGAGCGAGUCCCAGCAGCAAGCCCACAGCGGAGCAGCUCAAAAGCCCCAUGAUGGAUAUAUUCAUCAAGGUGGGUAAUAGUCCCAAGGAGGCGGAAACCCACCAGGGAUCCUGGCGUCAGGCCAUACUUAACAGCGUGGUGACUCCUUCUAAGGGCUUAGAUAGCGAAGCGCCCACCGAGUUCUUGUCUCCCAUGAGAAAGCCUCCCAAGCGUGGCAAGCGAGAUGCCGCCGAGUUGAGAGAACUCUGGCGCACUGCCAUCCGGCAGACCAUCAUGUUGAAUCGUAUGGAGACGGAGAACGCCAUGUUGCAGGCUCGCCAGAACGAGAACGAGCUGAAACGCAUUAAGCUGGACUACGAGGAGAUAGUGCCCUGCGACAAGCAAUUGAUAGAGCGCUGGGAGCAGAUUAUCGAGCGCAACUCCACACAGAUUGGCAAUAAAAAGGAUCCCAAGGUCCUGGGCCAUGCCAUACGCACCGGAGUGCCCCGAUCAAAGCGCGGCGAUGUCUGGACCUUCCUGGCCGAGCAGCAUUCCAUGAACACGGCUCCAGUGGACACCAAGAAGUUCCCCAACUUCAAUACACCGUACCAUACGCUGCUGAAGCAUCUCACCGAACACCAGCACGCCAUUUUCAUUGAUCUGGGCAGGACGUUUCCCAAUCACCAGUUCUACAAGGAUCCCCUGGGUCUGGGACAGCUGUCGCUCUUUAAUCUGUUGAAGGCCUACUCGAUACUUGACCCAGAGUUGGGCUACUGUCAGGGAUUGGGCUUCAUCUGCGGCGUUCUACUUUUGCAUUGCGACGAGGCCAACGCCUUCCAGCUGCUUAAGCAUCUUAUGUUCCGCCGGAACAUGCGUACCAAAUACCUACCCGACAUGAAGAAGUUCCAGCUGCAGCUUUACCAGCUCUCCCGCCUGGUAAAGGACCACCUGCCGGAUCUGUAUGUUUGGCUCGACCAGAAUGAUGUUUCGCCCACCUUGUACGCGGCUCCCUGGAUUCUCACCGUCUUCAGUUCCCAGUUCCCGCUGGGUUUCGUGGCGCGCGUCUUUGACCUGCUCUUCCUGGAGUCCUCCGACGUCAUCUUCAAGUUCGCCAUCGCCCUGCUCUCCGUGCACAAGGAUCAACUGCUGGCCAAGGAUAACUUUGAGGAAAUCAUGGACUAUCUGAAGACCGUGGUGCCCAAAAUGGAGCCGCAUUGCAUGGAACAGAUCAUGAAGCUGGUCUUCACCAUGGACAUUGGCAAGCAGCUGGCCGAGUACAACGUAGAGUACAAUGUGCUGCAGGAGGAGAUCACUACCACGAACCAUCAUCUGGAAAUGCUGAACAGGGAGAAGACCCAAAACCAGCAUCUGGAGCAGCAAUUGCAGUUUGCUCAAUCCUCGAUUGCUCAGCUGGAGACCACUAGGUCCUCGCAACAGGCGCAGAUUACCACGCUGCAGUCGCAGGUUCAGUCCUUGGAGCUUACCAUCCAGACCCUGGGACGCUACAUUGGCCAGCUGGUGGAGCACAAUCCCGAUCUGGAGCUGCCCAAUGAGGUGAGACGUAUGCUCCAGCAACUGGACGACCUGGAGCGGCAGAGGCGCAAACCCAUCUUCGCCGAGCGCAAAAUUGGCAAAUCCAUUUCCGUCAACAGUCACUUGGGGUUUCCACUCAAGGUGCUCGAAGAGCUGACCGAAAGAGACGAACAUGGUUCGCCACAAAAGCAGAAGAAGGAGAAGACACCUUUUUUUGAGCAGCUCCGACAACAACAGCAGCAGCUCCAACAGAACCGCCUCAACGGACAGUCCUCCAAUGCUAAUGAGUCCGUGUCCCCGACGCCGCCCUCGCGACCCAAUCGCCUGUUGGACAAUGCCAGUGCCAGGACCGUCAUGCAAACGAAGCUGGACGAACUGAAGCUACCCGAGCACGUGGACAAGUUUGUGGCCAAUAUCAAGAGCCCGCUGGAGGUCGACUCGGGCGUGGGCACCCCUCUCAGCCCACCGAGCACCGCGAGCAACAGCAGCGGCGGCAGUAUCUUCAGUCGAAUGGGCUACCGGACGACUCCCCAGGCCUUGUCGCCCUUGGCCCAGCGUCAGAGCUAUGGAGUAGCGAUCACCACAGCUCCAUCCCCAGCCCACAUGGAGCAAGUACCGCCGACCACAGUCACGGCAGCCAUGCCACGGGAGGACAACGAGGAGCCGCAGGCCAUGCAUCCGCUGAGCAUGGUGGGAGGCGAUGUCAACGUGCGAUUCAAGGGCACCACGCAGCUCAAGUCGAUCAGGCCGGUGCACCACAUGAGGGCCAUCAACCUGGGCGGUGUCCAGCACCAGUCCAGUACGGAGUCCACGGUGGGCGUGGCUCCCGUGCCCGUCGAGCUGGCACCGCCCACGGCCACAGGUCGCAGCUAACGGUUUUGAUUUAUCGGCAAAUUGCUGCGCGGCUUCUAUCGCGAAUGAAAGUUGAACGCUACUCCUCCUUUAUUGCCGCUUAGAUACUUAUAUACAAACCCCAAGAACUAUAAGAUACAAACUCGAACUAAUUUGUUUUCAAAUUGUGUGCUCGCACAAAAUGUUGCCAUAUACAUAUAUUGCUCCGAAAGUUACGCAAUCGUUAUAAACUGAUCCCCCGACAAAGAAAGGAAAAUACAAAUACUAUACAAGUAUACAAAAAAUGCUUAUAGAAUGUAAUUGGAUAGUGCUUUUUCAAGAUUUUAUACAUUUGGCUACCGCAUACAAAAUUUGUAUUACAAAUCAAAGCUUAUAUCCUUAGGCAGCAUUCAAAAAAAAAAAAACUAUAAAAAUCACAAAAAAAAAGGAAUAUAAAACCCGAAUCAAACGAAGCAUUGAUGAGUCUGUAGAUUGUUUUUAGUCAGCCCCUUUUACUAUUGAGUUAAUGUGUAACGAAUUUACUUGGUAGCUUACUUGUUGAUUUUCGUGUUUCUUUAGUUCUAGUGGAUUAGUUCUUAACAUUACACUUAAUUUAAUUAUAUUUGUACAUUUCUCCCAGGGUUUUACUUUGCAAUGUAAACUAAAAUCAAACACCAAAUGUAUAAAACGAUUCCGAUGACAUUUGCUUGUACAUUGUUCUCGAAUAGGAUACAGAAAGCUCACAAAUCUAUUUCAUUGUCAUUAUGGUACUUGGAUUGUAUUGAUUGUUUACAUAUAUACAGAUAUACAUAUAUGUAUAUAUAUUAUUAUGAUAUAUGGAUAUUACAAGCGAAGAAAAAAAGGAAAAGUUGCUUCUGUGUUAAGUACUUAUGUAUUGCUUAGUCGGACUGCUUCCAUGGGGCGUCCGGAAUUUGUGUAGCUGAUUUGUGUUAGAAUAUGAUUAAAAUCAUUAAUUAAUGAAAACAGUAAUAAAGUCAACAAUUAUUUAAUCAAA